AUGCUCUAUAUUGACGUGUUGGUUGGUCUCACCCCUUGUGCCGUGCCACAAUCUAACCUGCAGUACGCCAGGGACGAGGACGGCAAUGAGAGGGUAGUCAAUACGCCGAACACGCAACUCCUUCGCUAUGUCUACGGACCGCUCGACGCCAUUGACAGGCUAGUGUUUGUACAGCGUGCAGAUGUAACUUUCCGUGAGCCUUUCUCGGGGCACACGGCCUUGCAUGUGGCCGCCAGGGUCGGGAGCGAGCAACACGCCCUACGGCUGCUCGAGUAUGGAGCGCCAUGGAACCAGAUCGAUAAUGAGGACCUCACGCCCGGAGAAGUGGCGCUGAAUGAAGGCCACGAGGAGUGCUACAAAGUCAUCUACAACUUUGCCAUAGAACUAGAAUAUAGAAUUUGGUUCAAUCCUGCCCUGUCCUAUGACAGCAAUCCUUAUCUCAAGGGAUCUCUCUCGAAUCUGUCCCUCAGGGUUUCCAACGAACAGUAUUUGAAAUCGAGCGUCACUUUCAGAAAUCCUCAGUCGGAGAUCCCAGAUGAAGUUGCCAUGAUAUAUGACGAUACUGGUGUUAUGAUGGAAUGGGAAAGACCGCUAAUGAAGGAAUCGGCGCGAAUUCUAUGUGAAAACAUGGGAAAGGGCAAGGCCAUCCUAAACAUAGGCUUUGGACUCGGCAUCAUCGACUCGUACUUCCAGUCGUAUGAGCCUGCAAAUCACACCAUCAUCGAGGGACAUCCGCAAUGCCUAGAAUAUAUGCGGAUCAAUGGAUGGUAUGACAAGCCGAACGUUCGGAUUUUGGAGGGUUCUUGGAGAGACUUCAUAGGUUCGCGCGCUCGCAAGGACAUCAAAUGGCCUACAAACGGCGCUGGUGAGAAGAUGGAGGGCCUGGGCACUUUUGAUGUUAUCUACUUUGAUACCUUCAAUGAGAGUUAUGGUGGCCAUCUGGGCUUUCUACAAUGCUUGCGGGGCCUUGUAUCCGGUCCGUCGGCACGCUUCUCGUUUUUCCAUGGGCACAACCAUGCUUGGAAGAUGGGCUAUGAGGUCUACACGGAAGUGGCGACGAUGCACGCGAAUGACUUUGGUUUUAGUACGACGUGGACAGAAUUCGGGAUUGAUGCGGACACUGUUUGGACUGAAAUAAAGGAUGGACAAAUUCGAAGGGCCACUCGAGGCGAGAAGCAGACCCUAUACAACAUCCCCCUCUCCGUCUUGGCUCCGACAGUACCGAAAAGGGUUGUCAACCCAGUUUUUGCUCAGUAG